CAUACAUCCUCCCUAACUACAAUACCAUGGCCUCACUUGCAAAGACUCUCCGCCCUCUGGCUCGAGCCACGCCACAAUGCACCGCCCGCGCCUCUCUCCACCGCUGUACUACUACAUCUUUCACAGCGACACGGUCAUCACGACCAGCUCCAGCCGCCUCGCGCUGCCUCUCGACCACUCCCUCUCGCCGCAAUGACCACGAUAGCAUUGACCUCGACUCGCUCCCACCCACGCCCAUCUUCCACCUGUCUGAGACGGAACUGGCCAUGCAAGAGUCCGUACAAAAAUUCGCCAACGACAUGAUCCUCCCCAAAGUCCGCGAGAUGGACGAAGCCGAGAAGAUGGAUCCCCAAAUUGUUGAGCAACUUUUUGAGCAGGGCCUCAUGGGCAUCGAGAUUCCCGAGAAAUACGGCGGCGCGGGAAUGAACUUCACGUCCGCCAUUGUCGGGAUCGAAGAGUUGGCCCGAGUGGAUCCUUCUGUCAGUGUAAUGUGUGAUGUACACAACACGCUCGUCAAUACUGCCAUCCUGAAAUGGGGGAGUGAAGAGAGCAAGAAGAAGUGGCUGCCGCGACUGGCGACGGAGACGGUGGGGAGUUUCUGCUUGAGUGAACCCGCGAGUGGGAGUGAUGCGUUUGCGAUGAAGACGAAGGCGGAAAAGACGUCGGACAGCUACAUUAUCAAUGGAUCGAAGAUGUGGAUUACGAAUUCGAUGGAAGCGGGCUUCUUCAUUGUGUUUGCGAAUCUGUUCCCUGAGAAGGGAUACAAGGGCAUCACGGCGUUCUUGGUGGACAAGGAGAAUCCUGGAUUGAAGAUUGCGAAGAAGGAGAAGAAGUUGGGUAUCAAGGCUUCGUCGACGUGCGUGAUUGAUUUUGAUGAUUGUACCGUUCCUCACGGCAAUUUGUUGGGCAAGGAAGGUGAUGGAUACAAAUAUGCCAUUGGCUUGCUGAAUGAAGGGCGUAUUGGAAUCGCUGCACAAAUGACCGGCCUCGCCCUCGGCUCGUUCGAGAACGCGGCCAAAUACGUGUGGAAUGAUCGCAAGCAAUUUGGCACCCUCGUGGGCGAAUUCCAGGGCAUGCAACAUCAACUCGCGCAGGCCUGGACGGAAAUUACGGCUGCGCGAGCACUCGUCUACAACGCCGCCCGAAAGAAGGAGGCAGGGCAAGACUUUGUUAUGGAUGCUGCCAUGGCCAAAUUGUACGCUUCCAACGUGGCGGGCAAAGUGUCGGGACAAGCGAUUGAAUGGAUGGGUGGCAUGGGCUUUGUGAGGGAGGGACUGGCGGAAAAGUACUGGAGGGACAGUAAGAUUGGGCAGAUUUAUGAGGGCACGAGUAAUAUCCAGUUGACUACGAUUGCCAAGUUGCUGCAGAGACAGUAUACAUCGUAGUAGUGGUGGAUAGCAAGUAAAACCAGAUAAGAGAAAAAAGAGUCGGAG